CCGGCCGGCCAGAGGGAGUAGCGUCGCGCCCUGGUGCCGAGGGUGACCCGGGCCUGGAGCGCGGACCCGGGCCCUGAAAGCUACCCAGACCGAGCGCGGAUCACGGCCCUGAGAGCGGCCUCGCUCGACCCUGCUGCCGGGCCGCGGGCAUGGACGGCGCCCGUUCGCCCUAGAUGGACGACGAUGGCGGCCGCCGAAACGCCCCGGGCGCACUGAUGGAGGCCGGGCGCGGUGCGGGGCCCGCGGGCAUGGCGGAGCCCGCGGCAGUGCCGCGGGUGCGGGCGGCGCGGCCGGGGCCCCAGCGCUUCCUGCGGCGCAGCGUGGUGGAGUCUGAUCAGGAGGAGCCGCCGGGCCUGGAGGCUGCCGAGGCGCCGGGCGCGCAGCCCCCGCAGCCGCUGCAGCGCAGGGUGCUGCUGCUAUGCAAGACGCGCCGCCUCAUCGCCGAGCGCGCCCGAGGUCGCCCGGCCGCCCCGGCGCCCGCCGCGCCUGCUGCGCCGCCGAGCAACCUUGCCGACCCCGGCCUGGAGCCGGCGGGAGCGCAGGAACCCGGCCCGGACCCCGCGCCCGCUCCCGUGCCCGCCCCCGACGGCGGUCCCCGUGAGGAGACAGCGGUCACGAGGAAGGAGGACACGGGGGCUCCCGAGGCCAGGCCGGAGCUCGGGCGCGCACGCCGGGAGGAGCCCGAGGCGGAGGAAGACGACGAGGACGACCUGAAGGCUGUGGCCACCUCCCUGGAUGGCCGGUUCCUCAAGUUUGAUAUUGAGCUUGGCCGCGGCUCUUUCAAGACGGUCUAUAAGGGGCUGGAUACGGAGACCUGGGUGGAGGUAGCCUGGUGCGAGCUGCAGGACCGGAAGCUCACCAAACUGGAGAGGCAGCGGUUCAAGGAGGAGGCCGAGAUGCUGAAGGGCCUGCAGCACCCCAACAUUGUGCGCUUCUAUGACUUCUGGGAGUCCAGUGCCAGGGGGAAGCGGUGCAUUGUGCUGGUGACCGAACUGAUGACCUCGGGGACACUGAAGACGUAUCUGAAGCGGUUCAAGGUGAUGAAGCCCAAGGUUCUACGUAGCUGGUGCCGGCAGAUCCUGAAGGGCCUGCUGUUCCUGCACACCAGGACGCCCCCCAUCAUCCACCGGGACCUCAAGUGUGACAACAUCUUUAUCACUGGGCCCACAGGGUCUGUGAAGAUCGGCGACUUGGGCCUGGCCACCCUCAAGAGAGCAUCCUUUGCUAAAAGCGUGAUAGGUACCCCCGAGUUCAUGGCACCAGAGAUGUACGAGGAGCAUUACGAUGAGUCCGUGGACGUGUACGCCUUCGGGAUGUGCAUGCUGGAGAUGGCCACCUCGGAGUACCCCUACUCAGAGUGCCAGAAUGCCGCCCAGAUCUACAGGAAGGUCACCUGUGGCAUCAAGCCAGCCAGCUUUGAGAAAGUGCACGAUCCUGAAAUCAAGGAGAUUAUUGGGGAGUGCAUCUGCAAAAACAAGGAGGAAAGGUAUGAGAUCAAGGACCUGCUCAGCCACGCCUUCUUCGCGGAGGACACAGGUGUGAGGGUGGAGCUGGCCGAGGAGGACCAUGGCAGGAAGUCCACCAUUGCCCUGCGGCUCUGGGUUGAGGACCCUAAGAAACUGAAGGGCAAGCCCAAGGACAACGGGGCCAUAGAGUUCACCUUCGACCUGGAGAGGGAGACGCCAGAUGACGUGGCACAGGAAAUGAUUGAGUCAGGAUUUUUCCAUGAGAGUGACGUGAAGAUUGUGGCCAAGUCCAUCCGUGACCGUGUGGCACUGAUCCAGUGGCGGCGAAAGAGGAUCUGGCCAGCGCUGCAGCCCCAGGAGCAGCGGGAGCUCGGCAGCCCUGACAAGGCCAGGGGCCCACCCACGCCCCUGCAGGUCCAGGUGACCUACCACUCACAGGCCGGGCUGCCAGAGUCCGAGGAGCCCGAGGCCGACCAGCACCUCCUCACCCCUGCGCUGCCGGCCAGCGCCACCUCCCUGGCCUCGGACAGCACCUUCGACAGUGGCCAGGGCUCCACGGUGUAUUCAGACUCGCAGAGUAGCCAGCAGAGUGUUGUGCUGGGGUCACUGGCAGACGGAGCGCCACCCCCCUCCCAGUGUGUGUGCAGCCCCCCUGUGAGCGUGAGUGAUGGGCCUGUCCUGCCACAUAGCCUGCCCUCCCUGGGGACCUACCAGCAGCCUGCCACGCCUGGCCUGUCGGUGGGCUCUGUCCCACCCACCGCCCGCCCUCUGCUCCCACAGCAGCCUUUCCCAGAGCCAGCCAUGAGCUUCGCCCCUGUACUACCACCGCCCAGUGCCCCUGUGCCGACAGGCCCAGGCCAGCCCACAGCCCCUGCCCACCAGCCUUCUCUCCUGACCCAGCCGGUACCCUUGCCGCAGGUCCUGGCCCCACAACCCGUGGGCCCUCUGCAGCCAGCGCCCUCCCACCUGCCUCCGUACCUGGCUCCAACCUCUCAGGUGGUGGCCCCUGCUCAGCUGAAGCCCCUCCAGAUGCCUCCGGCGCCCCUGCAGCCACUUGCUCAAAUCCCCCCGCAGAUGCCUCCACUUCCUGUUGUCCCCCCCAUCGCUCCGCUGGCCACAGUUGACAGCCUCCCGACAGCCCUUCCUGACCUGCCAGCCACCAGUGGGCCCACCGUGCCUCCCCCGUCUCAGUAUUUCUCUCCAGCUGUCAUCUUGCCAAGCCUCCCGCUCAGUGCCACCGCUGCUCCCCUGCCUGCGUCGCCGGCUCUGCCUCUGCAGACAGUCAAGCUGCCUCACCCUGCUGGGGCACCGCUGGCUGUGCCAUGCCGGACCAUCGUGCCAAAUGUGGCGGCGACUGCCACCGCCAUCCCUCUGCUGGCUGUGGCCCCACAGGGUGUGGCCACCCUGUCCAUUCACCCCACUGUGGCCCAACUCCCGGCGCAGCCCGUGUACCCAGCGGCCUUUCCGCAGAUGGUGCCCAGCGACGUCCCGCCUUCUCCCCUCCACACAGCGCAGACUGUGCAGGCUGCCGCUCCCCAGCCGACACCCCCCGUGCUGCCACAGCCCCACCAGCCAAGUGUUGCCCGCCUCCCGGAGCAGGCUGCCAGUGCUGGAAGCCAGGAGCAGGCCUCGCAGGACAAGCAGCCCAGCCUCCCUCAGAGCUGUGAGAGCUAUGGAGGCUCUGACGUCCCUUCUGGAAGAGAGAUGAGUGACAGCUGCGAAGGUGCAUUUGGUGGGGGAAAGCUGGAAGGCAAGGCCGCCCGGAAACAUCACCGCAGGUCCACGCGUGUGCGCUCCCGCCAGGAGAGGGCCAGUCGGCCCCGACUGACCAUCCUGAAUGUGUGCAACACGGGUGACAAGAUGGUGGAGUGCCAGUUGGAGACGCACAACCACAAGAUGGUGACGUUCAAGUUUGACCUGGAUGGGGAUGCGCCUGACGAGAUCGCUACCUACAUGGUAGAGCACGACUUCAUCCUGCAGGCCGAGCGGGAGACGUUCAUUGAGCAGAUGAAGGAUGUCAUGGACAAGGCAGAGGAUAUGCUCAGUGAGGACACGGAUGUGGACCGUGCCUCCGACCCCGGGGUGAGCCCGCCACACCUCAGCACCUGUGGCCUGGGUGCUGGGGAGGAGAAUCGCCAAUCCCAAGCAAACGCCCCAGUGUACCAGCAAAAUGUCCUGCACACUGGGAAGAGGUGGUUUAUCAUCUGUCCGGUGGCCGAGCACCCAGCAGUAGAGGCCCCCGAAUCUUCACCCCCACUUCCUCUGAGCUCCCUGCAGCCAGACACCAGCCAAGAUUCAGCACCCUCUAAAGACCAGCUAUCCUCCAAGGAGAAACCCAGCUUCUCAACUGAUCUGCAGCUUCUGAGCCAAGCAGGCCCCAGGGACCUUCCUGGUGGUGCACCAGCCCCUUUGGUGCCGUCAUCCCCUCCCGUGACUGCUCUGUCCCAAGACAUGGCCCCACCAGCUGCCAGUCCUAAGCUGGAGCCAGCAACGGGGCCUGCCAUGCAGGCAGGGGGCCCAGGAACCCCUCAGGGGCCAGCCAGUGAGCAUAAGACUCCCUGGCCACUAAUGGAGACUCUUGAUGCUCACCUUGUUGCACAGUCCCCUGACAUGGGCCGAGGGUCUUGUGCCCCACCUUUGGAGGCCCCCCUUCACCCCAUGGGUCUGGGGGAUCCUGCCUUAGCCAGAGAGCCCAUCACCAAGGGGGAGCCCCUGUCAGCUUUGGCCCCCACAUCUGCUGCCCCUGGUGGGGCCCCUCAGCCCACUGUGAGCCAGCCCCUUCCCCCACUCCCCACUGUGGUAGGAGCAAUCAGUCUGGCCACUCCCCAGCUCCCCAGUCCCCCGCUGGCACCCACCGCCCCUCCUCAGCCACCUUCAGCCUUGGAGUCAGAUGGAGAAGGGCCGCCCCCAAGGGUGGGCUUUGUGGACAGCACCAUCAAGAGCCUGGACGAGAAGCUGAGGACUCUGCUCUACCAGGAGCACGUGCCCACCUCCUCAGCCUCGGCUGGGACCCCUGUGGAGGCAGGUGACCGAGACAUUACCCUGGAACUCCCAAAAGGGGAUGAGCCCCGUACAGAGGCCUCUGGGGGCAGUCUGGCCCUGCUACCCCAGCCUGCGUUGGAAAAGUCAGAAAUGGCCCCUGGAUUAGAGGUCACACUGGAGCAGUCCGUGUCCUCGUCAGUGACAGCUGAAUCAUCUUUGAGCCACACGCUUGGCCGUGAGGGAGCACAGGUGGCCUCAGAUUUGUUCGCAGCACCCAGUGCCCCCCAGGAUGUCCCUGCUUCUGCCAUCCCUGCCCAUCUGGAGCCCACAGACCGGACCAGCAGGGUCCCUGGGGAAACCUUGGCCGAGUCCAUGCAGAGCUGCCCGGGGACGUUGAUUGAGGGUGGCCAGGACAGCCAACCCCAGCCUCACAGCACUCUGGUAUCAGGAUCCCCUCCGAAGUGGCCAGGGCAGCAGGAUGGCAGCUCGCCAGCCAAAACCGUGGGCCGGUUCUCAGUGGUCAGCACCCAGGAUGAGUGGACUCUGGCCUCCCCCAAUAGCCUGCGGUACUCAGCCCCACCUGACGUUUACCUGGACGAGGCUCCCUGCAGCCCAGACAUGAAGCUGGCUGUGCGGCGGGCACAGACGGCCUCCUCCAUCGAGGUCGGCAUGGAAGAGCCCAUGUCCAGUGACUCUGGGGACGAGUCCCCUCGCAGGAGGCCUUCUGUGCAGAAGCAUGCCUCCCUGCCCAGCAGCAGUGGUGGUGUGGCCAGUGACUUUGUGAAGAAGGCUGCUGCCUUCCUGCAGAGGUCCUCUCGGGCUGGCUCCCCAGGCCUGGAGACACCCAGCAGGAUGGGCGUGAAGGUCCCCACCAUCAGCGUGACCUCCUUCCACUCCCAGUCAUCCUACAUCAGCAGUGACAACGACUCAGAGAUUGAGGAUGCUGAUAUCAGGAAAGAGCUGCAGAGUCUUCGAGAGAAGCAUCUGAAGGAGAUCUCAGAGCUACAAAGUCAGCAGAAACAGGAGAUUGAGGCCCUGUACCGCCGCCUAGGCAAGCCGCUACCCCCCAACUUAGGCCUCUUUCACACGGCCCCACCCAUCGGCCGCCGGAGAAAGACCAGCAAGAGCAAGCUGAAGGCGGGGAAGUUGCUGAGCCCCCUGGUGCAGCAGCUCAAGGUCGUGGCCUCCAGCACAGGUCACUUGUCAGACUGCAGCAGAGCCCCUCCUGCUAAGGACCCUGCCCAAGCUGGGGCAGGGCCCACAGCAGCUUCAGACCCAUGUGGGAAGGCAGUUCAGACUCAGCAGCCUUGCUCCGUGCGGGCCUCCCUGUCUGCAGACAUCUGCUCCGGCUUGGCCAGUGAUGGAGGCGGAGCGCAUGGCCCAGGCUGGACGGUUUACCACCCAACGUCUGAGAGAGUGACCUUUAAGUCUAGUAGCAAACCUCGCGCUCGAUUCCUCAGUGGACCCGUGUCUGUGUCCAUCUGGUCUGCCUUGAAGCGUCUCUGUCUAGGCAAAGAGCACAGCAGUCGGUCCUCCACCAGCAGCCUGGUCCCGGGCCCUGAGCCGGGCCCCCAACCUGCCUUGCACAUCCAGGCGCAGGUGAACAACAGCAACAACAAGACAGGCACCUUCACGGACGACCUGCACAAGCUGGUGGACGAGUGGACAAGCAAGACGGUCGGGGCCACACAACUAAAGCCGUCACUCAACCAGUUGAAGCAGACGCAGAAAUUGCAUGACAUGGAAGCCACAGCAGGCUGGCCCCUGGCCUCUGGCGAGGCACGGGCUAUGAACACCUCUCGAACAGCAAUGGGGAUGCCAUGUCUGGCCCCGGUACCCAGCCCUGUACCCACCGUGGUCAUUCCUGGAGCUGCCUCAGCCCUUCCUGUGCCCGUGCCAGAUUCUGAAAGUGAGAAGCCCGACUGAGCCCAGGCAGGCCGACCCAGACCCAGACGCCAGGCCCUGUGUCAUCUCACGCAGAGAAGGCGAGCCCACGCCUCGUGUCCGGUUCACGAUGUUUUGUAAUCACUUUCUAAGCAUUUUUUAUUCGCAAUUGGAAACACAAAUGUAAGCAAGAAUAAAAAAAUAUUU